AUGUUGGGAGUCACUGCUGUCUGUUAUUCUGUGAAAGUGCUGAUCUAUCUGAUAUUCCUGUGUGGGGGACCCUACAGAUUUGGGGUUCAACCCCUGAAUCUUGCCUGUAACCUGCAGAUCAUUAAACCAGUGAAGGAGUAUGAAUACAUACAGGAAGGAGACAUUGUGAUCGCAGGGGUGAUGGCUUCACAUUUCUAUAUGAUAAAUGUUACAUUUCCGUGGGACAAUUCCAGUAGAUUCCUCUGUACUUUACCAAAUGAACAGGCUUACCGCUACUUGGUGGAUUUUCGCUUCGCCAUUGAGCAGAUUAACAAGGAUCCGACCCAGUUACCCAACCUGACCCUGGGGUACCAUAUAUACGAUUCCUGUGGGGACCCCCGGAAGGCUGUGAGGAGUGUAUUACAGAUAUUAUCUGGUACCAGGGAGCCGGUUCCCAAUUACUCCUGUGUGGGAAAGAGACACAUUGCUGGGUUUAUUGGGGAUCUCACCUCAGAGACAACUGUACCCAUAGCCCAGAUACUGACUCUCUAUGGAUAUUCCCAGAUCAGUUAUGGAGCGACAGACAUAUCGCUCAGGGACAGAGCUGCCUUCCCGUACUUUUUCCGUACAGUACAAAGUGAUGAAGCCAAUUAUUUUGCUUUAAGUACAUUUCUGAGACAUUUUGGCUGGACCUGGGUUGGAAUAAUUACAUCUGAUGAUAUCAGUGGAGAGAAAGAGCAUCGCAGUUUGAGCAAAUAUCUCAACAUGGAAGGCAUCUGCAUUGCGUAUACAAUAAAGAUGAAUAGCAACAACAAAUAUGCAAUAAAAUCAAAGCAAUAUAAAAGCACAGUUGAGGGAUCCUCUACCAGUGUCAUUAUACUUAUUGGAACGGUUUCUACCCUGUUUGUCACGGAAUUACCUAUUGAAAAUCCCCUGUUCCAAGAAAAGACUUUGAUCCUUUCACCUAAUUGGGGGAAUAACGAUUUUGUUAUUGCGUAUGGCAUGGAAAUAUUCAAUCUCAGUUUGGUGUUCGUGCCCCAUUACCAUUAUGAUCUCGGGACUCCUGAAAUGAGAAGAUUUUUAGAGAAUUUGCAUCCAUCCAAACUCCCACACGACAAGUUAACUGAAGAUAUCUUUAUGAUUUUUCAUUUGUGUUUGUCAAAAGACCAAAAUAAGAAUGAUUUGUACCAAUAUAUUUACCUAAACACUCUCCGUAACUGCACUGGGCAGGAACGUAUUACAGAUCUUUACUAUUUCAGUGGUCGAACCAACUCUCCCCCGGUGCAUCUGGCAGUUGAUAUAAUGUCUCAGGCACUUCAUGAGAUGUUGCUUAUUAAUAAAUCCAUGAAUUACUCGUAUAAGUACCAGCUGCACCAUUUCCUUAAAAAACAUCAAUACUCCACCCAAAUUGGUCCAGUCUUCUUGUUUAAUGAAUAUGGGGAGUACAUCUCUGGGUUAUGGAUCUAUAACUACAUUUUAGCAGCAGAUAGGCACCAAGACAAACAGCUUUUUGGUGAAUUCUCACCAUGGCGACCCUCACACCAGCAGCUCAACGUCACAUUGUCUUUAAUAAAAUGGAAGUCAAAUGACAAUGAAAUCCCAAGAGCUCAAUGUUCAGACAACUGUCUCCGCGGAUUCAGGAAAGCAACAAAAUGUGGAGCCCAGUCCUGCUGUUAUGACUGUGUCCUGUGUUCUGAGGGAGAGAUUUCCAACACAUCUGACAGUGAGAGCUGCAUCCAAUGUCCAGAUAUGGAAUGGCCCAAUGAGCAGAAGGAUCAAUGUAUUGCCAAGAUGGAAGAAUUUCUCUCAUUCGGCGAUGAUGUUAUAUCUGCCAUUUUUUUAUUCAUCUCAGUUCUUCUUUUCCUUAUUACUGGGGGGAUAAUGAGAAUUUUUAUUAUAUACCGGGACUCCCCCAUAGUGAGAGCCAACAACCGGAGCCUGAGCUUCCUCCUCCUUGUCUCCAUCAAGCUGAGCUUCCUCAGUGUGUUUCUGUUCCUCGGUCGCCCUGUGGAUAUAACCUGCAUGCUGCGCAUCAUCACUUUUGGAAUCACCUUCUCCAUAGCUGUCUCUUCUCUCCUGGCCAAGACUAUCAUGGUUUGUGUUGCUUUCAAAGCCACCAAGCCAGGGAGCUCAUGGAGAAAAUGGCUGGGAGUCAAACUGUCCAAUUCUGUAGUCUUGUUCUGCUCAUCCAUUCAAAUAAUCAUCUGCAUGACUUGGUUGGCCAUUUCUCCUCCCUUUCAGGAACUGGACAUUCACACUUCCCCUGGAACCAUCAUCAUUCAGUGCAAUGAGGGCUCAGCUAUUGGCUUUUACUCAGUUAUUGGGUAUAUGGGGCUUCUGGCAGCUGUUAGUUUUGUUUUAGCAUUUUUAGCUCGGAGCUUACCGGACAGUUUUAAUGAGGCCAAGUACAUCACUUUCAGCAUGCUGCUCUUCUGCAGUGUUUGGAUCACAAUGAUCCCGGCCUAUCUGAGCACCAAAGGCAAAAACACUGUGUGUGUGGAGAUAUUUGCCAUACUCACCUCAAGCGCGGGGCUUUUAGCCUGUAUAUUUCUGCCCAAAUGUUAUAUAAUACUGCUCAGGCCAGAAAUCAAUCUAAAAACGAGUUUGCUUAGAAACCAAUAG